AUGGCGAUUCUCGACUCGUCGCCAUCUGCUCGCGUUAUCUUCGGGCUCUUCGCGAUUAUACGAGCGUUCUUCGCGGUGCUCGUGGCGGUUGCCUACUCUGGCGAAGUCCCGGAGUUAACUGACACGUUCACGGCGAAGCUGAUUGGCGCCAACGAGGUUCCCAAAAAUGACUCCGAAGCUGCCAGGAACGCCGUUGGUGACAAGAGCGGCGUCGUGCAAAUGAAGCUCGAAUACUACAAGAAGGAGGGCGAGCUCAUGUGGGUGGACUACACGGUGAAGGCGUCGAAGCUGGAGGGCGAGAUGCCGCCCAGCAAGACGCACAUCCACCCGGGCUUGAAGGGGCAGAACAACCCCAUGCUGCUGGACCUGCCCUGCAAGUACAAGCAGACCAACGCCUCCGAGUGGCUGUGCCAGGGCACCAUGUGGGAGGACAAGUGGCUCUCCAAAGAGGAGAAGGCGAUUUUCACCAAGAUCUUAAAGCACCCUAGUGCGCACUACGGGAACAUUCACACCAAGAAAUACCCUGAUGGUGCCGUGCGCGGCCAGUUCUCCAGGAAGUGA